AUGGCGGAUUCUAAGCGCGUCCGGAUAUCCAAGCGGGAAGGGGCCCUGAUGGCGCGUCUUUCGGCCAAGGAGCAGGAGAUUUACGAGGUGCAGGCGUCGGCCAGGGACCUGUACAGAGCCAGAAGGCCCGUGACGGAUUUCGCGCGUCAGGUGUACACCGACCCUGCCAUCAACGUGGAGUUUCAGCUCCUCACGGCACAGCUCGCCGAAAUGGAAAAUUCGUUGCGGCUCAAGGAGGCGGAGUUGAAAGAGCUUCGCACCACGGCAGACAAAGCAGACAAGGACAAGGGGAAAGGUGCUGCGGCCAAAGGUGCCGGGGCUGCAGCCAAACCACCCCCGGCCGGGGGCGCUGGCGGAAACAGCGGUGGCGCCGUUGCCAAAGGAGAGAGCACGGUGGCACGGGCGUCUGCCCUGGUGGCUCGCUGCCAGCGGCUGGAACAGGAGAACGAGGAGCUCGCCGCCUCUGCUGACGUCGCGAAAGUGGCGCAGCUGACGAGCGAGAAGGCCGUGGCAGAGGCUUACGCUGGAGAGCUCAAGACUGCCCUCGAAGAGGCGUACGAGUACAUCGAGAAGCUCGAAGAAGAGAGGGAAGUGCACAGCACCAAGGUCUACGCUCUGGAGGAAGAGCUCCGCUUGGUCGCGUCUCAGCCUCACCUACACGGCCAGCAGCAAGAGCAACAGCAACAACCCCAACAGGGACACGAAGAGCAAGAGCAAGAGCAAGAGCAACAACAACAGCACCACCAACAGCAGCAUCAACAACACCACCACCAACAGCAGCAGCAGCAGCAGCAGCAGCAGCAGCAGCAGCACGAAGAACACCACGACCCGCACCAACAUCAGCAACACCACCACCAACAGCAGCAGCAGGACUACCACGCGGCACCACAACAGCGAAGCUUGGGUGCGGCGUCAUCAGGCAGCGACAUGCCGCAGCAAUCCUCCCCCUCGAGCCGUGACGACAAGUCCUCGUGGAACGAAGCAGUCCAGCAGCAGCAUGACUACGAUGGGGGACAACGAGAGCGACGGCGUGGUCAGGGUGGCGAAGGGGAGAUUGGCAGAAACGAUCACGAUGAUGGUGGUAACAGCAGGCCAGGUUCACACGACGAGCCGGCACCACCGCCGCCUCCUCCGCCUGCGGCGGCACUUGAAACGGCUGCUACGGAGGACGACAUGGAUGAUCUCUACGGAGAUAUGGGAGAUGCUGUCGGGCAAGCGUUUGAACCUAACUCCGCUGAGGGGCAAGAGGGGCCCGGUGCGGGUGCGUCGGCGGGGGGUGAUCCGAUGGAGGAGGAAGAGGCACGGGAGCAGGAGCAGGAGCAGGAGCAAAGGAGGGAGGAAACACCGCCUCCUGUGGCCACGAGGGCCAGGUCGACUAGAAGAAGCACAAGAAGCAGGAAGUAGACACAGCACCCCACCAGCAUCAGCGGUGAUCGAACCGUCUACAAGGGCAGGAGGAUUUGACUGGAGGGGGGCUAUCGCGCAGAGCUCCCUUUCAGGCUGAUGAAUGCACGUCGUGUUUUUUUUGUUUCGAGUAUUAGUAGGCAGUUUUGGUUCUGUUUGUGUUGUCGAACAGCAGAAGUUAAAACAAAGCACCAGCAAGAGCAAAAGAGCCUAUUUCUUGUGAGGCUUUCUACGUGAGAAA